CAGCUGACAGUAUUUUAUAGGAAAAAGCAAAAAUGUUUUUGUAAAAAACAAGAAAUUUUGCCUUAUUUUAUGUGGAAAAAUAAAUUAAUUAAAAACCAAAACAAAGGGAAAUAAUAAAAAAAGUGAGCACAUUAAGAACCACGUAAAAUAAAUCAGUGAUUACAAGCAUUGAAAACAAAUCAUAUACAAAAUCUAAAAUCUUAUACCUAUAUUAAGGCGUAACUUUCGUGUGUCAAAUUGAAUUAAAAAUAUAAUUUAGAAUAAUAAAACUAAAAAUUGGAAACACAAAAGCAAUAUCAACACAAAUUAACUUAAUACGGAAAACAAAUAAGAUAAUACUACGUAUGAAAAAUUAUGUCGCAUAAAAAAUGCAAACCGAUAAAUAAAUUAAGAACAAACUGAGGAUCUUUCCAAUAAUGCAAAUGUCAAUUUGUAAGAUUCAGAUGUUUCAGCGUCUACGGAAACAUACUGCCGCUUAUCAAAACUACAAUACAAAAGAACAUUUUAUAAAAGAUAAUAGAACGUUGCACUACUACUAUACAAUUCCACACAGAAGAACGCUAGAAAUUUGAUUAAGUAAAUCUUGUAAUAGGAACACUUGAAAGCUUAUGCUGGAGAAGAAGACAUUUUAGCUGAUGAAAAAAACUUAAAACAUAUUAUAAAUUGUGAUAACCUUUUUGAAAACAGGUCAACUCAAAAUAGAAAAAACAAAAAAAAACAGCAUCAACAUUCUACGUCAACUUUUAAAAGCUCGUAUACUCAGUCUUAUAGCUGUAACUUCUCUAACAUCGUCCCUGUCCUCGUCAUCAUCCUUAACCGCCAAACUGUUGUCAUUACUGUUCUCUUCCGCCUCCACUUCAGGCCAAUCGCAUUCAUUCGCAUCUUUCGUAAUGUUGUCUGAUGCGGAUGAUAGCGAUGAGCUAGACACCAUUGCUGAUGUCAUGGGUCUGCGAUCACAAAGUAAACUGGACAAUUUUAGGGAAAUGUGGUACCACAUAUUCUUGUGGGCCCUGUUUUCCUCCAUUUUCAUACACACUUGUGCCGCCCUGGUAGCAUUUGUUACGCUACGCAAGCAUAAAUUUGGACGUUUCUUUUCCAUAUUGAUAUUAGUGAUGGGGUUCUUGUCGCCGGCUCUAAGCGGUAUUAUUAGUAGUGCAGUUAUUGCUUUUGUACAUCGUGCCUCUAGUUUACCCAUGUCUCCAAUAUAUGCCAUGGUUUGGGGCGUAGGGCAAACCAUAGUAUCGGCGUGUUUAGGUUUUACACGAAUUUUGGCCACAUUGUAAAGUUUACUUACUAACUCUAUAUUGACUGUGUAAAUGCUAAAGAUAUUUAAAUAUUACAUUCUUUCGUUAAAAUUCUAUAAUUUGUAAACGUUUUUUUUUUUAAGUUUCAAAUGUUAUUUGUAGUUCUCAUUGUACAUUACUUUUUCUUAAAUUUACUUAUAUACAUAUGUAUAAAUAAAUUUCUAUUGUUUAAGUAGUAUGUAAACUUUAGCUUAAUAAUUUGCAUCUAAUUAUCAUAUACAAAAUUAUAAAAUAACAGUAAUAAUAAAAAUAAUACAUAUUUAAUCAAUUCCAA